AGUCCCCGAGAGACGUUCGUGCGACUCACACGUGACGGCAUGGACCAAUGACCAUGUCGUUCCGGAGGCUGAUGAGCGCGAUGCGGGCGGCGCGCGACGCGCUGCCUAUAGCCGACAACCUGCUCAAAUCCCUACUGUCAGUCGUAGUGAUAUUCUGCAUCGCGGUUUCCUCCCCGCCGUCGGCUUCCGCGAAACCCUUCGCGUUCAGUUUCCCUGCUGGAUGGUCUUUAGCCGGGCUGGUGGGGGGUGCCGGCGCUCGCUCCGAUGAACCGGAUCGACGGGAUCCUGCCGGUGUGAAGCCCUAUACCGGCCGUCGUGUUGGAAACGACACCCUCCGGAUGAUAUAUUACCACGACCAGACGGUGGCCGUUGUCGAGUUGGGGCCCGAGAAACUACUACUCAACUGUGAACUCAUCGAAACAUAUGACGAAGACGACACAAACAGGCUCCUGAAGCAACUGAGUCGCAUCAACCGGCCUCUGGAGGUCACCUUCUCUCAGAUGAUCAAACUGAUGGGCCAGUGUCAACAGGUUGAGGGAGUUGAGACCAAGCAUAAGGGACGUGGUAGGAACAGCGUGCCAGGCGGGGUGAGGAGGACCUUGAGCCAAGAGCCAGGAUCGGCAGGAGAGGCAGGAGCAGGUGCGGGGGCGGGGGCAGCAAGAGCGAGGCUUGACGCGGGUGGCGCGCACGCGGGUCUACUUGGCGGCAGCCCUCUCACUCUACUGCAGGGCAUUAUACCUGGCACAAAAUGGUGCGGCACUGGGGACAUAGCCACUAAUUAUCACGACCUCGGAGCUGACAGGCGCCUGGAUCGCUGCUGCCGCACGCAUGACCUCUGUCCGACAAAAGUGCGCGCCUUUUCACAACGCUACAACCUCACUAACAACUCGCUUUACAGCAAAUCCCAUUGCACAUGUGACGACAUGCUUUUCGAGUGUCUUAAAUCAACCAACACCUCGGCAUCUCACCUCAUGGGCCACAUCUACUUCAAUCUAGUUCAAGUCCCCUGCUUAGUGGACCUACCCGCUGGUCGUAAAUUCCGAGACGCCAAACAAGGCUUUUAGCGACAUCUAGUGUCGAGUAGUGAAAUUAACAGCGCCAUCUGUUAGUCCAAUGUCUUUUGUGCACAGAAGUAAAUUAUUAACACAAUUUGUGAUGUUUGUUUGUAAAUAUUAAAAAUUAUAUAUUCUUCUACAUUAACGUUAGUUAUUAUCAAACUGUGAUAUGUCUGUGCCUUUAUUCAUAUGUUUUAGACGAUGGCGCUAGAGAACAUCCUAUUAAUAUUAUAAAGGCGAAAGUUUGUAAGUAUGGAUGUAUGGAUGUUUGUUACUCUUUCACGAAAAAACUACUGGACGGAUUUGGAUAAAACUUUACAGCAAUAUAGGUUAUACAUCAGAAUAACACAUAGGGUACUUUUUACUGGGAAAACUUCUCACUCCCACGGGAUACCGACUUCCACGCGGACGAAGUCGCGGGCGUCCACUAGUAACAAAUAAUAUUAUUUACCUAUCACUUUAUGUUAGAUAAGUUUUAAUUUAUUUAUGGACAAUGACUAAUUAAAAUUGACAUGACAAAUAAAAUAAAGUUUGUAUUCUCAGUGCUAAUUAGUAUUGAUUUGAAUGGAAUGUGUCUUUUUAGUUUUAAUUAUUUAGAAAAGUAAAAUGUGAACCAAAUAAAAUAUUUAUUAU